GUUUAUUAGUAGGUAGCCAAACCUUUUCCCGUAAGUGCCACUACUGUUGUAUUACUCUCUCUAUAAAGCACAGUCUCAUCAUUGCUACAAUCAUCUUUCACUUUGGUUGCACUCCACUUUUCAGCUGUACUAGCCUGUUGUUUCCCUAAAAUGUCAGAUGUGAAGGAGCCCCUUCGUCCCAAGAGGUCGACGCAGUUGGUGGACUUUCUUGUCCAAUUCAGAUGGAUCGCUGUUGUCUUCUUUGUUCUUCCUUUCUCGUGCCUGUAUUACUUCUCCAUAUACCUAGGGGAUGUUAGAUCUGCACGGAAAUCUGACAAGCAGCGUCAGAAGGAACACGAAGAAAACGUAAAAGAGGUUGUGAAGCGCCUUGGAGAGAGGGAUGCAUCAAAGGAUGGCCUUGUCUGCACGGCGAGGCCUCCUUGGGUUGUUAUUGGAAUGAGAAAUUGUGACUAUAAGCGUGCUCGUCAUUUCAAAGUUGAUCUUUCCAAGUUUAGAAAUAUUCUUGAAAUCAACAAGGAACGAAUGGUUGCUAGAGUUGAGCCUCUUGUCAAUAUGGCCCAAAUCUCUAGAGUUACCAUACCGAUGAAUCUUUCGCUUGCAGUUAUUGGUGAGCUUGAUGAUCUGACCGUUGGUGGUCUGAUCCAUGGGUUCGGGAUUGAAGGAAGCUCUCACAUCUAUGGAUUGUUCUCUGACACAAUUGUGGCACUCGAGGUUGUUCUAGCAGAUGGACGGGUGGUUAGAGCUACAAAGGACAACGAGUAUUCCGAUCUUUUCUAUGCUAUCCCAUGGUCUCAGGGAACAUUGGGGCUUCUUGUUUCAGCUGAGAUUAAGCUUAUACCGGUGAAGGAAUACAUGAGACUUACCUACAAACCUGUAACUGGUAAUCUAAAAGAGCUAGCACAGGCUUAUGCGGAUUCCUUUGCACCGAGAGAUGGAGACCAGGAUAACCCUACUAAAGUUCCAGACUUUGUAGAAGGCAUGAUUUACAGUCCCACUGAAGGUGUUAUGAUGACGGGUAGAUAUGCUUCCAAAAAAGAGGCCAAGCAAAAGGGUAACGUAAUCAACAGUAUCGGUUGGUGGUUCAAGCCAUGGUUUUACCAGCAUGCUCAAACUGCACUGAAAAGAGGGGAGUUUGUAGAGUACAUUCCAACUAGAGAUUACUGCCACAGGCACACAAGAUCCAUCUAUUGGGAAGGGAAAUUAAUUCUUCCGUUUGGUGAUCAGUUCUGGUUUAGGUAUCUCUUCGGAUGGCUCAUGCCACCCAAAGUUGCUGUGCUUAAGGCCACUCAAAGUGAGGCUAUCAGGAAUUAUUACCAUGACCAUCAUGUCAUUCAGGAUUUGCUUGUUCCUCUUCACAAGGUAGCUGAUACUCUCGAGUGGGUCCACCGCGAGAUGGAGGUAUAUCCUAUCUGGCUCUGCCCACACAGAAUCUAUAAGCUGCCAGUGAAACCUAUGAUCUAUCCUGAACCAGGAUUCGAGGCACAAGGGAGGCAGGGUGACACUAAAUAUGCACAAAUGUAUACUGAUGUUGGUGUCUACUAUGCUCCUGGAGCUGUAUUAAGGGGUGAGCCCUUUGAUGGCGCAGAGAAAUGCCGUGAAGUGGAGCUUUUUUUGAUCGAAAACCACGGAUUCCAACCUCAAUACGCCGUGUCUGAGCUAUCAGAGAAGAACUUCUGGAGGAUGUUUGAUGGAACCCUAUACGAGCAGUGCAGAAGAAAGUACAAAGCCAUCGGAACAUUCAUGAGCGUGUACUAUAAAUCCAAGAAAGGAAGGAAGACGGAGAAGGAAGUGCAAGAAGCUGAGCAAGAGAAAGCAGAACUUGACACUCCCGAGGUAGAUGAGCCUGCAGAUUGAUUUUAGCAUCUCUUUCUCAGUUUCCUGCACAAUGGCAAGUGUAGGUCAAACUUCCAAAAUAAUGUAUGCAAGAAGCCGUUUCCAUUUCAGUGUUAUGCUGGAAAAUUGUCUCUACCUUUCAAGAAGGAAUCUACUGUUUUCCUUUA